CCGCCCUAUUUCAUAACAUAGGAAUAGGACGGACCUUUCCCCUCCGGGUCAAGGACCCUCCGCCGCCCUUCUCUGCUGGGCGGAAGGAGAAAGAGCCCAGGACUAGACGUCUGGAGACCUGAGCCUUGGCCUGGCCCCUACGGCGACACAGCCGGAGUGACCUUAGGCAGGUUGAUGGACACCGCAGCUUCCCCUUCUAUGCAAUGGCCCAUGUGUCCGGUGCCUCCAGGUGCCGGCUUUGUCGAGAAGCUUUUAAACCUGAGAGAUCGUUGAAUCCAAUCUCAGUCUCCUCAUAAUCCCAAAAUCUGCAGACCAAGAAUCGAAGGAACUAACCACUGAGGCGACAGAAUAAAGGGCAGACUGCGGGUAGGUUCGUGGUCCGCUGAUUCAGGAUUUAGCUAACUGGUUCUUCAGUGCUCUCAACUUUCCUGGAAAAAAUGAAUCAUUCCCACCAUAAGGGGAAAAACUAUAUGGACAACAGCAGCAGCACUAUGCCACCGUCUCACCAUCACCCAACAACUUCAGCCUCGCACUCCCACGGUGGGGGAGAUGGCAACAUGAUGAUGAUGCCUAUGACCUUCUACUUUGGCUUUAAGAAUGUGGAGCUCUUGUUUUCUGGUUUGGUGAUUAAUACAGCUGGAGAAAUGGCUGGAGCUUUUGUGGCAGUGUUUUUACUAGCAAUGUUCUAUGAAGGACUCAAGAUAGCCCGAGAGGGUCUCCUGCGUAAGUCACAAGUCAGCAUUCGCUACAAUUCCAUGCCUGUCCCAGGACCAAAUGGAACCAUCCUCAUGGAGACACACAAAACUGUUGGGCAGCAGAUGCUGAGUUUUCCUCACCUUCUGCAGACAGUGCUGCAUAUCAUCCAAGUGGUCAUCAGCUACUUCCUCAUGCUUAUCUUCAUGACCUACAACGGGUACCUCUGCAUCGCAGUAGCAGCAGGGGCUGGAACAGGAUACUUUUUCUUCAGUUGGAAGAAGGCAGUGGUAGUAGACAUCACAGAGCAUUGCCAUUAACGUCAGAGUCCGUGGUGUGUGGCCUUAUUGAUUGCAGUGGGAAGCAGUUCAAGACUGGAAGACAUGAUUCCUGCUCCAAUCGCCCCUUCUUGUUCCUGUCUCUGUACACACACACACACACACACACACACACACACACCUGCUGAAUAGAGGUUUAGUUUACAGUUUCUUUCUCUGAGGAAAAUCAGCCUUUUCUACUAAGUUGAGAUUCCCAAUACCCUUAAAGAGAAGCCAGCCAUGAGAUGUCUUCUCCCUCAUCGUCCUAGAUUCUUGUCUAAUCUGGGUAGCUUUCUAGUCAAUGACUUGAUUGUCUGCUUCCUUUUUUUAACCUGGGUUUUUUGUUUUUUGUUUUUAACAGACAGUGUGUGAA